AUGCAGACGGGUCAGAGUCGGCAAAAGGGUUACGCCGAUCACCGAAGAAAGGAUCUGGAGUUCGAAGAGGGAGACAUGGUAUUUCUCAAGGUAACACCACUCCGAGGAACAAUUGCGGCCAAGAAAGGGAAGAAGUUGAAGCCUCGAUAUAUAGGGCCGUAUAGGAUUCAAAGCCGAGUCAGGACAGUGGCGUAUCAGUUAGAGUUACCUGUUAAAAUGUCCCGAAUCCACAAUGUCUUCCACGUCUCGUUAUUGAAGAAGUAUUAUCCAGAUCCCGCACACAUCCUACACACAGAGGACAUCAAGUUAGACGAAACCCUCACCUAUGGAGAACAGCCGGUACAAAUUUUGGAUCAAAAGGUGAAAGAACUAAGAAAUAAACAGAUAUCUUUGGUAAAGAUUUUAUGGAAAAAUCAUGAUGUGGAGGAAGCCACCUGGGAAGUAGAGGAAGACAUGCAGAAGGAAUAUCCUUCUUUGUCCACAAACAAAGGUAUUAAUUUCGAGGACGAAAUUGCUCUAAGAAGGGGAAGUUAUGAGAUCCCGGUUAGCCUUUGA